CCCAAAACUGCACUUGGAAAAAAAUGGGAAGAUGACAUGAGCAUCCGUCAAGGGAUGGAUGGGCAGUUUCUGUCCUCCUGGUGGAGCGUGUGCAAGAGUGCAUGAGUGUGUAUGUAUGUCAACGUGUGUGUGUGUGUGUGUGUGUGUGUGUUGGGGGCGGGGACGGCGGACCUCGCUCAGUAAAGGCCCCAGGGCUUGGGUCCACCGGUGCUUUCCCCGUAGUCCCUAUCACGGAGAGCGAGUGCCUGCCUGGGAAGCCGGAGACUUGAGCUCCAAUGCGUCUUUGCCAUUCAUUAGUUCUCGAUCUUUAGGAAGUCCCACCCCGCCACUGCAAGCCUCAAUUUAUACAUCUGUCGCACUAGAAGAUUAGACUCGACGGCUUUCUUUUUCCUUUACUGGGGUCUGAACUGAGAGCCUGCGGGCAGGGCGAAGGCAGCUAGCGGACCAGCACCGUUCCUUUACUCUCUGCUCGCGAAGACAGCCCACUGGCUUCGUACAUUUCCUGUUUAAUGCCGAGGUUAGGAUUGGAGAGUCGAGAGCGAUUGGUAGGGCUAGAGCCCCUUUGCUUCGACGUAUUUUGAUUUCUUCCGUUAGAUUGGGGGAGGGGGAGGAGGGGGAAGGCCAGAAAAGAACCCGCCCCCACCCUUUCCACUUUAAAUUUUGAAGGGACACGAUUCCCUCCUUAAUGGGGCUGAAACUUUCUCAAGUAGUCGGUCUUUUGGAAAGUGUAUAUUGUAUGUUUGACCCUCGAGUUUAAGGCAGCUGGAACGUAAGGGCAAUCAUUGAGUUUUCUGAACUUGGAGGGUUUGGCAGGAAAACCCAAUGGCACCUGACAGGCUUUGGGAUUUGUACUCUCAUCUGAGUCCACUGAGGAGUUGACAGUUCAUCAGAAGUCAGUCAGUCAGUCAGCCAAAAAAAAGAAAAAAAGAAAAAAGAAAAAAAGGUUGAGCAUUCUGGAGACACUGCUAAAUCCCCAAUGGAAGAGUUAAUUGUUGAGCUGCGCUUAUUCCUAGAAUUAUUGGACCAUGAGUACCUAACAUCAACAGUCAGGGAGAAGAAGGCAGCAAUAACCAAUAUCCUCCUGAGAAUACAGUCAUCAAAAGGCUUUGAAGUAAAAGACCAUGUUCAGAAGCAAGAAGUUACCAAUAGUCUGCCAGCUCCACCGCAGAUGCCGCUGCCCGAGAUCCCUCAGCAGUGGCUGCCACCAGACAGUGGGCCUCCACCAUUACCAACAUCUUCUCUCCCAGAAGGCUAUUAUGAAGAAGCUGUGCCGCUGAGUCCUGGAAAAGCUCCUGAAUAUAUUACUUCAAAUUAUGAUUCAGAUGCCAUGAGCAGCUCGUAUGAAUCAUAUGAUGAAGAAGAAGAAGAUGGCAAAGGGAAGAAGACACGACACCAGUGGCCAUCAGAUGAAGCCUCCAUGGACCUUGUGAAAGAUGCUAAAAUCUGUGCAUUCCUCUUAAGGAAGAAACGGUUUGGACAGUGGACCAAGCUGCUUUGUGUCAUCAAGGACACCAAAUUACUGUGCUACAAAAGUUCCAAGGACCAGCAGCCUCACAUGGAACUGCCACUCCAUGGAUGUAGCAUCACCUAUAUCCCCAAAGAUAGCAAGAAGAAGAAGCAUGAGCUGAAAAUCACACAUCAAGGCACUGAUGCCCUUGUCCUAGCUGUUCAGAGCAAAGAACAAGCAGAGCAGUGGCUCAAGGUUAUAAGAGAAGUCUACAACAAUUGCAGUGGAGUGGUAGAUUCAGAUGGCCCUUCUUCUAGUUCCCCAGUGCACAAGACAGAGCUAGAGAAGAAACUGUCGUCGGAGAGGCCAAGUUCAGAUGGAGAAGGUGGCACAGAAAAUGGGAUUACCAUGUGCAAUGGAAAAGAACAAGUUAAGAGGAAAAAAAGUUCAAAGUCAGAAGCCAAGGGAACAGUGACUAAAGUUACUGGGAAAAAGAUUACCAAGAUCAUUGGUCUAGGAAAGAAAAAGCCGUCAACCGAUGAACAGACCUCGUCUGCUGAGGAAGAUGUUCCCACCUGUGGGUAUCUAACUGUCCUCUCGAAUAACCGCUGGCGUGAGCGUUGGUGCAGAGUGAAAGACAACAAGCUCAUCUUCCACAAGGACAGGACGGACCUGAAGAACCAUAUUGUUUCCAUUCCUCUCCGAGGCUGUGAAGUGAUUCCAGGCUUGGACUCCAAACACCCCUUGACAUUCCGUUUACUUCGAAAUGGGCAGGAGGUGGCAGUACUAGAGGCUUCAUCCUCUGAAGACAUGGGCCGAUGGAUUGGAAUCUUAUUGGCUGAAACAGGGUCAUCUACUGAUCCUGGAGCACUUCAUUAUGAUUAUAUCGAUGUGGAGAUGACUGCAAAUGUUAUCCAAACAGCCAAACAGACAUUCUGCUUUAUGAACAGACGUGGUAUCUCUACAAAUCCCUAUCUCGGCAGUGCCUCCAAUGGAUAUGCCCACCCCAGUGGGAUGGCACUUCAUUAUGAUGAUGUCCCUUGCAUAAAUGGAUCGUUCAAGAGCAAGAAACCUCCCAUCGCAUCUAAUGGAGUCCCAGGGAAAGGGAGAAAUGCCAACAGUCCACAGAAGAAAACAGACUCGUCGGCCACUGUCAAACGGACAGCAUCAAAUGCUGACCAGUACAAAUAUGGUAAGAACCGUGUAGAAGCGGAUGCCAAGAGGUUGCAGACCAAAGAAGAGGACUUACUAAGGAAGAAGGAAACUCUGCGUAACCGCCUGGCUCAGCUCCGAAAAGAAAGGAAGGAUCUUAGAGCAGCUAUUGAAGUGAAUGCUGGGAGGAAGACCCAAGUUAUUCUAGAAGAUAAGCUGAAGAAAUUGGAGGAGGAGUGUAAACAGAAGGAGACAGAACGAGUCAAUCUGGAGCUGGAGCUCACAGAAGUCAAAGAAAGUCUCAAGAAGGCCUUGGCAGGGGGGAUCACACUGGGUCUAGCCAUUGAGCCAAAAUCAGGAACCUCAAGCCCCCAGUCUCCAAUUUUUAGGCACAGAACUCUGGAAAACUCUCCCAUCUCAAGUUGUGAUACCAGCGACACUGAAUGUUCCAUGCCGGUGAACAGUGCGGCAGUUCUGAAGAGACAUCCACAGACAUCUGGCAACUCUCCUUGCCGGGGUCAUGUCCUUAGGAAGGCAAAGGAAUGGGAACUGAAAAAUGGGACAUAAAGAGAAUGAUGGAAAAACAUACGUACCUUCUAGAAGGCCUUAUACCCUCUCAACCAAGACUCAUAUGACAAGAGACUCAACUCUAAAUGUGAUGCCAAGCCACGACCGCAUCAGAGGUUUUGUAAUUCUCAGGUGCCAGUAGCUUGGCGCUCACUCACUUGUACUCUUUCUACUGUAGAUGGUGCCCUUUUUUAAAUGAUUAUUAUUACUUGUGACACUUGUUUCCAACUUAAGAAGGUAAAAGAAACCACACACACAUACAAAACACCCUAAGCAAAGGACAAAGUUAAGUGAUAGAAGAGGAGCAAAAGAAACUGUAAUGGCAAGGAUUAUGUCUUUUAUUAACUAAUUAAAUCAUGGCUUUAAACAGCCUGGGCUCAAAUUGAACUGGAUCAUAAGAGUGAAUCUGAAGGAGUUCCAGGCGAAAUUCUCAGAUUGACAUUGGGGAGAGUUUUGUAGUAGAACUCCCCCAGCUGAGAAUGGCUCUAGUUAUGAGCAGAGCCAGGACCUGACCCAUCAUGGACAGUCUUAUUUGAAAAAGAGCGUCAGGAAGCAUGUUGAUCAAUGUGAUAGGACUGCUGGCAUGAGCUGAAUGUCUGGUACAGGAGAUUUUCCUCCUCCCUCUCAGUCCCUGUCUUACCCUUUUCCCCUAGUCAUUAGAGAUUUUGGAAUGAAAUAACUGUGAUGUGAAACAAUUCUUCCUCUCUUUCCUCCUUCCUCCCCACCUUUGGACAGAUGCUUUUCUCACCGGGACAUGAAAAGCUGCCAUAUUUUAGCUGCAUUUAAAAAAAAAUAAUGUUUCUCUCUUUGUUGUGUAUUGUGUAUGUGUGUUUUUCUAAAGCACUUGGCAUCUUCCAAGAUCUUUUGUAUCAUAGUUUGUAUUUUGUACUGCUUUUGAAAGGCAGCAAAGUGCUAUUAAUGUUGAUUCAUUGGUUUGACUUCCUCCUCUUUCCUAGCCACCCUCUAUUCCUUCUCCUUCUCUUUGCAUUUCAAAACCCCAUCCUUCCAACUCCCUCCUUCCCUGAGAGCUGUCUCUGGCAGAGACUCUGACAGCAGAGGGGCAGCUUCACAAGCUGAUGGAGUUUGAUUCACUACAUGAUGAACUUGCAAAUGUCACAGCUUCUCAGCCCUGAUAGAUUUGGUUGGAUCAAUCUUUUGAUGAGUUCUGACCCUGGGAAAGAAAGUGGGUUCGGGACACUUCCAGUCCCUUCUCUUUGAUUUAUUGAUCUAAAUCCUUACUGUGGUGCCAGACUUGGCAGUGAUUUGUGUUUUCUCCUCCCUAGCAGGAAGCCUAAAAGGAAUGGUUUCUUUGCUGGCUAUUAUGUUGAGAUCAUGCUCCAUAUUUGAAGAAAAUUAUUUUAUUUUGUGGGUGAAGAAGUGGGCUUAGUGCAUCAAAGAGAGAAAAGUGUUAAUGAUGAUUUUUAAAAAAUGGCUGGUCUUAGGACUGGAUUUCUCCUAAUAUAUUUGCAGGAAGAGGGCUCAGAAAAGAAACUGUUAGAGCUGGAAGAGAUGUCCCCCAUUUUACAGUGAAGGAAAUUAAGUCCUAGAAAAUGGAAGACCAAGAUCCCCCAGGAACUAAGUGGCAGACAUGAAACUAGAACCUAGGCUUUCCACUGCCCAAUACAUCAUUUUUCUUUCCCAUAUUGUGUUGCUAGCCUUAUUCCCUAGCCCAAGAGUGUCACUGUCCAUAAUUUUCUGCCUUAAGAAAAGGAGAGUAUGGUGACUAACUAAACAGAUGACAGCCAUUAUUCAAAGAACCAGAGGUUUUCCUUAGUACCUGCAAAGGCAGCUCACAAAAAUAUGCCCCACUAUGUACAGGCCAGCCCUUUCUCCCUAAAAGGGAUACCCCAGUGAACUGGGAGUUUAAUGAGAAUUACUCAAACAACAAAAGGGAAGGGACUUUUGAGGAACUUAUUCCUCUUUCUUACAUAGUUCUUGAUUGUGUAUAGUAGGUACUCACUAAAUAUUUUUUGAAAAAGUUGAUGUAGAAAACAAGCCAAUAUCAAAUAGUUAAGAGUAAUUUAUUUCCAAAGAAUGCUACAGGAUCAGCACACAUUCAAUCCAGUCUUAUACUGUCUACAUAAGAAUUAGUGUUAAAAACAUGCUCCUGAUUGGGCUCAUGGGGCCAGGGGGAGAGGAGGUGAAGAAUCACUUAUAAUACCAUAGAAAGAACACUGGAUGUGGAGUUGAAGGGUCUGUGUUGAAAUCCCAGAUUUAUGAUCUUAGUAAACCUCUGUGACUUGGUUUUCUCAACUGUAAAAUGAAAGGGCUGGAGGGAUUUAAAAAAAAAAAACAACCUUAUCUUCCAUCUUAGAAUCAAAAAUGUAUAUUGGCUCCAAGGCAGAAGAGUGGUAAGGGCUAGGUAAGAGACUUAGUCUGGUUUAUACAGACUGAAAGUGAGUUCAUAUUUGAAUCCAGGACCUCUAAUCUUUAGCCCUGGCUCUAUGUCCACUGAGCCACCUAGCUGCCCCCUGGGGGGAAUUAUUUUUGUGCUUCCUUCCAGCUAUUAAAGCCUCUCAUCCUAUUAAUGUCAAACUAGGAAAGAGAUCAUCUCAUCCAACCUCCUCAUUUUACAGAGGAGGAAUCAUUUCUGGGACUCUGGGUUAAAACAAGAAAGUAGAUGCUGAAAUUUUAGAAAGAGGUCAAAACACAAUAAGUCCACAGCAUACUUACUCAGAACACUCCUUAUUACUCCUAAUAUUCUGGCUCAUUAAACAGAUGUUAAAGAAAUUCAGGAAAUGGGCUUCGAUAUUUCUUAGAUUUCAUCCCUUCCCAAAUCUCCUGUAAAUCAGUGAAGCUAAAUGAGAGGAACCAUAGCCUACAGGACUUUGUGUUCCCUAUAAAGGGCAAGGGAAGAGCUCCUGCAAAUGUUUGGAUAUGUGAGCUAGAAGUUUUAGUUUCCCAAAGAAGGUGCUAAUGGAAUUUUUUCGAUUGGAUCACUUGGUGGGAGUGACGCCAAUGGGAAAUUUGCCCAUUGUCUUGUAAUCAAAGCCAUGCCCAUUUUGUAUCCCUGCAGAAAUGUGAAAACCAUCCAGAAUGGCAAACAGUUUGAUCUACAACAGAUUUCUUUCUUUCGAAGGUGGGCUAAUAGUAUGUCUCGUUCAACAUGAACAAAUGUUUUCAGUUAUUUUUUUAAAGUACAAUAUGGGCAUGCUAAAAUUAGUGAAUAAUUUGAAAUUUCUAAGAUUUUGCCAUUUCUAAGCCAAGUCACAAAAUGAUAGACUUUGGAUUUGCAGGGGGAACCUCAAAAGUCCUUCUAGCCCACCUUUUCCUGAAGCUCAGCUCCCUUCUAGGGGAUCUGCACCCAGUGACUAUCCUACCAGUGUCUUUUGAAGAAUGCAAAUUCCCCCUUUCCUUCUUUUCUGGUCUCUGGCUCUGUAAAAUGGGGAUUUAGGCAUAGUCUCUAAGGGAUCCCUUCCUUCUCUAUUUCCUUUGAUUCCCUGUUUGAAGACAUCUAGUGCUGGAGAGCCCACUCCCUAUUGUCAUCAGCCAAGUUAGCCAUCAAAGGUGCUGGACCAUUUUCCUGUGUUCUCAUGAUUGGCAGCCUUCUCUUUGUCUGGGAGUACAACACGAAGUUUUGAUUUUUUAAACCUAAUAUCUCUACUUACAAAGAAAGGUAAAGUAGUAAAUCUAUAGCCACAAUCCUACGCUUUUAUUGUCAUGGUGCUGGUAACUCUCACAUACAACACUCCUGAUAACAUGGUGGCAAAAUGCCAACAUGCAAUCCUACAAUGUUAGAACUAGAAGGGACCUCAAAGAUCCUUUAAUCUAGGAGUUCUUAAUCCUGGGGUCCAUGAUCUUCCUUGUAUUUUUUAAAUUGAUAACUGUAUUUCUAUAUAAUUUUUUUGUAAUCCUAUGCAAUUUAUUUUAUGUAUUUAAAACAUUAUUCUGAGGAGGAGUCUAAAGGCUUCCCCAGACAAAAGGGUCUGGGAUAUAAAAGGUUAAGAACUACUGCUCUAAUCCAAUCUUCUUAUUCUAUUAUUAAGGAAACUGAGGCUCACAAGGGUGACUUCACCCAAGGUCACACAGCUGGCUAUUGGCAGAGCCAGGAAUACCCCCAAGUCUGCUGACUCCCAACCUAUUUUUUAUUUGUAAUCCAUUUACACUUGUGAACACUUUAAAAUGGGUGGCCCACUUAAAAGCAAACCUAUUCAAAACUAUGCUAUGUUCAAUGGAGCCCACUUUAAAUGAGCCACCCUAUUGAAGAAGCACAUAACACCAUGGGAAUAUCAUCUAAUGAGUGAUACCCAGUUUCCCCCUUUAUAUUUAAGAAUUUUAAAAGUUUGAUUAGAAAGUAAGUUUAGCCAUUUUGCUUCAAACUAAGUUAUUUAUUUGUAUAUUUUCAAUAAAUAUUGUUUUUAAUUUAUAUCUGUACAUAUUUAAGAUGCAAAUUAGGCUUCUUAUCAGAAGUUAGAACACAUAUGCUCCAUAUUUUGCCUGUUCACUAGCCAUCUUGGCAUCUUAAGGGCAGACAUGAGCCCUUAAGGGAGGACAGGCUAGGAAGAGCAGACUGUCUCCUCCUGGGACUUUACCUUACACUGGCAUUGGCUAUCCCAACUAUGUUAAAAAAUGUUUCUUCAAAUCACCGUUGGGACCCAUAUUUGUGACCCUAAAAAUGCUUUGUGGAGCAGUUGAGUCAAUAUCUGGCUGGUAAUGUAGGCAGUCAAAGAUGAUUAUCUUCAGGAAGGAGCCAGGUUGCCAGUAUUAGGUGGCGGGGGGACAGAGACCUGCUCAACAACAGCAUGCUUGUCCUUCACAACCCUGUACUGGAAAGACCCAUCUUCUUUUCUUUGACUCUAUUGGUGAGGCACCAUCUGCUCUCAAAAUCUAUCCUCUAUGUUAUUUUUUGGAUGUCAUACCUUCAAGAAGAAUUGCUACACACCUGUCAUAUGGAAUGUUCCAUAGAAUAUCCAUCCAUAGGGUUUCCUUUCAUCACCACCUAUGUGGAGGGCUUCAAUCUGUCCAGACACAGGUAACCCUUUUGCCAAAGCUGAUAGUUUUCCCUACCCCUGGAAGGCCAGGGCAAUGUCCCUUUAGCUGUCAAGUAAGAGGUGUGACUGUCAAGGUAAAAGACAAGAAACACAAAAAGAGGACCAUCUCCCUCAAUGUGGCUACCUUGGGAGACCAUAGUUUAAUCAAUUCACCUACUAUGUGCUGGGCACUGGGAUAACAAAACCACCCUCAAACAGCCCUUGCCCUCCAGGAGGGAGGAUCUUCUACCAGAUCAAGAGACAGCUCUUAAGGGCGUUGGAUUCAAAACCUAUCUGGAAUGCCUCUGUGGGAAUGACCUUCAGGGAUGCUGGGGGAACCAGAGAAUAAACUCUGUCUUAAUACCUUUGUUUAAUGUAAUCUCUUCUUCAAUCAAAAAAGCCUUAUUCAAUCUAUAUUACAUCAAGUGACUUCUGGGUCUCUCCCAAAAUAAAAUCCAUCCAUUAAGAAUGGGAACUUUCCAAUAAUAGCCCUCAUUCCUACAGUUUACAAAGAACAUUCUUUAUAACAGCCCUUUGAAUAGAAAUAGGACAAGGAUAAAUGCCUUAUCUUUACUGAUGAGGAAAUUAAGGCUGAGAAGUGCUUGUUCAAGGGCACAGAGCUGAAUCUUGAACCUGGGUCAUUUGACUAUGCAUCCAAUGCUCCAUGUUGACCUGGGAAGUUGUUUUGGAGGAGGAAAAGUGAUGGGUUACUGACUUCCAAAUUAGGACUUGAAAAGGUUUCUAAGGUUAAGAAAUGGUUGGAAUUAGUGUAUGGUCUCCCUCGGUGACCACUUGGAGGAGGUUGGAGGGCAGGAAAGGGGAUAGCACUCACUUGUUUUCUUUUUUUGCAGUCACACCUCAGAUUAGCAGAAAAUAAUCUCCUGCCUUGUGCUUUGUGGUGCAACCUUCUGGGUAUUGAUUAUGCUGCAGUAUUUUAGGCCAACCCAUCCACACAUGGUCAUGAUGGGAAACUCUAAGUUAAAGGUAUUGGCAUCAUCAGAACAUGGCAAUGGAUGUCUAUUAGCCACCCAAGAAAAAUGAAGUCAUGGUCCCAGAAUAUAGAGGUCCAUUUAGGAGCACAUAAUAUAAUAACAUACCCUUAAUAGCCACUGAUUACAAUAAGACACAUCUAUGAGGAUUUUGUCAAUAAACUUCCAUUCUGUCAUUCACUAUCAGAAUUGGUACCAUUUAACCACUAACAGACAAAAAUCAUGGUAGCUUUUAAACAGCGUUUUCCUACAUUUCCAGAUAUUUUAAGAUGGAUCUAUCAUUACGUAGACCAUCUGUGAGUCAAUUUUUUUUAAUGAAAAUGUUAGAUAUUUCCAAUUCCUGGCACAGUUCGGAAGAGAGCAACAAGUUUUGUUAAAGACUGUGUCUUUCCAGACUGUGAAAUAAACUUGUUCAUCUAUAUUGGGCAGAACCCUUAUCUCCCAGCAAUAUAACCUGCCUGUGUUUAUAAUAGAAGAAUCCAGCCAGGAAAGCUACCUUUUUAAAACAGGAAAUUGUCCUUGAGUAUAUAUCACUUUGCACACCUUUGCCUGAAAUAGUUUCAGAUCUGUGCUCCCAAAAUCUAUUCACAUUUCUAUACAAAGAUGCUAUGAUGCUUUCAGGUAUAUUUUGGUCAUGGAGAGUAUUUUUAAACAGGGAUCAUCUGAUCAUCACGUUGAAGGACCAAAGCUGGUGGGUAUUUUUUUUUCAGUAGGAUAAUUUUGGUGUGUCAACUUUUCUAACCAUGAGAUUAUUAAUGUUUCACUUCAGCACCAUUUUUUUCAUUUCUAGACACUUUCAAAAUUAAUUGACCAUGGUUGUAUGCUGUAACAUAAUGUUCUCAUAUUAAGAAUGUAAUUAUUUCCUUAUUGUAUUUUCUAAAAACAAAAAUGUAUUUAAAAUUCUCUGUAAAAGAAACAAGCAAGGAACGUGGAAAGAAUUUUUUGGUUUAUUUUUUUUAUUGACUAUGUUGGCAGUGCCCAUGAUAAUUAACUGUAAAUAUAUUCUUUUAACUAUUUCUCAAUAUAUUUAAAUCAUGGAAAAAAAUGUAAAAAAAGGAAAAAAAGGCUUUGUUUGUUUUUUAAAGUUUGAAAUGGAGGCCCCAUUGACACAAUUUCCUAAUUGCUUCAUUUGAACUUUCUGCCUUUCUAUUUAAUUCUCCUAAUGUCUUAAGUGGUGUAGAUACUGACCGGCGCCCCUUGGCGUGACGCAUCUAUGUGUAUUAUUAAUAAAAAUUACCCUAUUUGAA